UAUGGUUGCACGCGGUUGUCUGUUAUUGGAAGCCCAACCUAACGACUGGCGUAAGUUCAUCCAUUGGAUCUUUGACGCUCCUGUUUCCCGUUUAGCUCUGAAGGAAUGGCCAACCGCAAGAAGAGAGGGCUGACGGCCGCCGACGAGUUCCCAGAUCUCAGUCAGCACAAGAACCACAUGGCCAAGUUCCUGACUCAGGACAUGUACGUCGCGUUGAAGGAGAGGUCCACUCGCAGCGGCUUCACCAUCGACGGCGUCAUUCAGACCGGGGUGGACAAUCCCGGUCACCCCUACAUCAUGACCGUGGGCUGCGUGGCCGGCGACGAAGAGUCCUACGACGUCUACAAAGACCUCUUUGACAUGGUGAUUGAGGAUCGACAUGGCGGCUAUAAGCCCACAGACACGCACAAGACUGACCUCGAGCCGGGCAACCUGCAGGGGGGCGACGACCUGGACCCGGACUACGUUCUCAGCUCCCGUGUCCGAACAGGCCGCAGCAUCCGAGGCUUCUGCCUGCCGCCGCACUGCUCCAGAGGAGAGAGGCGUGCUUUGGAGAAGCUCUCCAUUGAAGCUCUGGGUUCUCUGACUGGAGACUUUACCGGCCAGUACUACGCCUUGAAGAACAUGUCGGAGGCGGAGCAGCAGCAGCUGAUCGAUGACCAUUUCCUGUUUGACAAGCCCGUGUCCCCUCUGCUGCUGGCCUCCAGGAUGGCCCGCGACUGGCCCGACGGCAGAGGCAUCUGGCACAACGAGGGCAAGACCUUCCUGGUGUGGGUGAACGAGGAGGACCAUCUACGCGUCAUCUCCAUGCAGAAAGGAGGCAAUAUCAAGGAAGUGUUCACCCGCUUCUGCACCGGACUGGCUGAGAUCGAGGCCAGGUUCAAAGAGAAAGGCCGCGUCUUCAUGUGGAACGAGCACUUGGGCUACAUCCUGACCUGCCCCUCCAACCUGGGCACCGGCCUGCGCGCCGGCGUACACGUCAAGCUGCCAAACUUGGGCAAGCACGGCGAAUUCGAGGAGAUCCUCAAAAGGCUGCGUCUCCAGAAACGCGGAACCGGUGGCGUGGACACCGACGCCGUGGACGGGGUCUUUGACAUCUCCAACUCGGACAGACUGGGAUUCUCCGAGGUGGAGCUGGUGCAGAUGGUGGUGGAUGGUGUCAAGCUGCUGGUGGAAAUGGAGAAGAUCUUAGAGAAGGGGGAGGCCAUUGACGAUAUGAUACCCAACCAGAAGUAGAAAAGCAUUUCAAUUUUUUCCGUCCCCCAUUUGUAUGACUACUAUCAUGAAUUCUGCUAUUGUGUAAGGCUGGGAUGGACUUGAAAUAAAAUGCUCAAAACGUUAA